AUGCCUUUCCUCGAACUCGGAUACAAACGCCUCCACUACUCAGAUCUGAAACCGCAAGAUGGAAAUGCUCGCGAGACAUUCAUCUUCAUGCACGGGCUGGGCUCUUCGCAGAAUUACUACUCUGCGGUAACUCAGAGCCUGGUUGCAAACGGAUUCCGUUGCAUCACCUUUGACAAUACGGGAGCAGGACGAUCAACAUACACGUUUGUCGAGCAGAGUAUUGAGACUCUGGCAGAAGAUACUAUAGGGGUUUUGGACGUGUUGAAAGUCGAGAAAGCUGUGUUCGUCGGACACAGUAUGGGAGGUAUCGUAGGCGCACACCUCGCGGCUGAGCGAAGCGACCGCAUCGUAGCAGCUGUGUUGAUCGGCCCAGUCUAUCCAAACCCAGCCUCAGGCCCUCGCUUCCAAGAACGGAUAGAAAACGUGACAAAAAACGGUAUGCAACCCAUGGCCGACACCAUCCCCCAAGCUGCAGUCGGAAAGAAGGCGUCUCCACUUGUCAAAGCAAUGAUCCGCGAGUUGCUGCUGGCACAGGAUCCAGCGGGAUAUAUAUCCAACUGCCGAGUCAUUGUCAAUGCAAAGCCGCCCAGGUACAGCAAGAUCAGCGUGCCUGUACUUAUUCUCGCUGGUGACGAGGAUAUGAGUGCGCCGCUCGAAGGGUGUAAGAAGAUGUUUGACGAGAUGCAGCAUGGUGAGAAGAAGUUGGAGGUCAUGAAGGGAAUUGGGCAUUGGCACUGUCUUGAAGCGUUUGACGAGGUCGCGAAAUUGAUAGAGGGAUUUUAUCAUGAGAUACAGUAG